AUGGCGAUCACUUCUAGAGGACAGAGUAUGAUUGCCAUUGUGUCGGUGCUAGUCGGCCUUUCGGUACUCGCGGUCAUCCUCCGUGUCUCUGCGAGGAUCAAACGAAGAGUCAAAUUUGGAGUAGAUGAUUACUUAUGCUUCUUGUCUAUUGUUAUGUUGAUUGCCAUGGAGAUUGAAUUAAUUCUCUGGGUUGUCAUUGGAGGAAAUGGGCAGCAUCAAGCGGAUUUGGACAUGGAAACGAUGAUGAACUUUGGCAAGAUCUUCUUGUCGAAUCAGUUCACCUACUUCAUACUAUGUCCUGCCAUCAAGAUCUCCAUCGUCUGCUUCUAUCGUCGGCUAUUCAACACAAAAAGUUUCCAGCUAGUGACAUUCGGUCUCAAUAUCCUCAUCGCCAGCUGGGGAGCAGGUAUUUUCCUUGCUUGUGCCCUACAGUGCCGUCCUCUCAGAGCGUACUGGGACAAAAGCAUCGACGGUCAUUGUUUCGACGGGAACGAGUUCUUCAUCGUCAACCAGGCCUUCAACGUCAUCAUGGAUUUCGUCAUAUUGGCCUUGCCCAUUCCCAUGAUCUGGGGCCUACAAAGGGCAUGGCAGGACAAGCUCGCCUUGAAUGGCGUAUUUGCCUUAGGUGCCUUUGUCUGCUUCGCUAGUAUCUACAGGAUCGUUGUGCUCUUCUGGAUCAAAACAUCCGAUACGACCUUUACCGUCUACCAGGCCACACUUUGGACGCACGUCGAGCCGUCCAUCGGGCUUAUCUGCUCUUGCCUCCCUAUCAUCCGCGGGCUCUUUCCGAAACUCAAGCUGUCCGGUAGUCGCAAGACUACGGCUCCUUACUACAUCAAAACCGACUACACUGGCUCGCACCUCGCCACUCUGUCCAGCCCGAAGUCCCCUGCGUCUGCCUACUUCAAGAUGGAGGAGGGUCUCAUUUCCCGAGCCACUAGCGAUACCGAGGUCUCGCCGGACGAUUACCUCAGCCCUAAGGACAUUGCAGUUCGAACAGAUAUCAAGAUCAGUCAGGACGCUGCGUCUCUCAGAUCACAAACUUGA